AAUAAAGGACAUUGCUAACUGGGGUGGCAUGACACAUGCUUUACCUCCAUAAUGGUUUUGAUUACACAAACAAGCAAUGUAAUAUACGCAACAAAAAAAAACCAGAAAGUUAGGCCUCUAAUUUCAAACCUUCAAUCAUUUCAAAACUGUUCUUCAUAAUAAUAAUAAUGUACCUUAGUUUUCAAAACGUUCACUAUACAUUUUUCUUAUUCUUAUCCUCAUGAUCAGCUUCUGUGAUCUUUCUUCUUCUGGUUCAUAAGUGAGAAAGUGGUUAUGAACUUUCCAUGUCUCUUUUCUCUUCACUGGCCAUUGUGGACAAAGAUGCAGAUUCUUCAAAGGGUAACUAAAAUUCAGAGUUCAUGAGAGAGCCAACAUGAAAAAGAGAUCAGAACAAGUUUUAAGAACUUUUGUCCAAUUCAUCAAGAUGUGAAGAGAAUUUAUAGAUGCAGAAAGCGAGGGACAAUGUUAUCAUCUAUAAAAAGUAAUCCACAGAGAAUUACUAAUCUUCAAUUUUCAGCAUCAUUUUUUGUAUCAACAAAAUGAGGAAGUUCCUGGUUAUAGCCUUAUCUACAACAAUAUGCUUCAUCGCUUUCGUGAUAUCCAAGAUCUUGAUCUCUGUUCUUCUCUACAAAAGAUGGAAAAGAAAGCACAUAAUUUAUGAAAAUGAAGGAAAGAUGGUAAUCUUUAGAUCUUCAUUGCUGCAAUCUCUUAAAUCCGAUGCAGUCUUACAGAAGACACGAAAACUGAGCAAUAAAGACAUCAUUGGAUCUGGUGGCUAUGGAGUGGUUUAUGAACUAAGACUAAAUGAAUCUGUAGCCUUCGCCGUGAAGAGGCUGAACCGGGGAUCAGAAGAGAGGGACAAUGGUUUUGAGAGAGAGUUGGAGGCGAUGGCGGACAUAAAGCAUCGGAAUAUUGUAACUCUUCAUGGAUAUUACAUUGCACCACAUUACAAUCUUCUUAUAUUUGAGCUAAUGCCAAAUGGAAGUUUGGAUUCCAUUUUGCAUGGGAGAUCAAAGGAGAAGAAGCAUUUGGAUUGGCCAACAAGAUAUAGAGUAGCUGUAGGUGCUGCUAGAGGAAUAUCAUAUCUUCACCAUGAUUGCAUCCCUCACAUUAUCCAUAGAGAUAUCAAAUCAAGCAACAUAUUGCUGGAUCAAAACAUGGGGGCGCGAGUUUCUGACUUCGGAUUAGCCACGUUGAUGGAGCCGAAUAAGACUCAUGUUUCGACAAUGGUGGCAGGAACCUUUGGAUACUUGGCACCUGAAUAUUUCGAUACUGGAAGAGCAACUGUUAAAGGUGAUGUUUACAGCUUUGGAGUGGUAUUACUAGAGCUCUUAACUGGGAAGAAACCCAGUGAUGAAGCAUUUGUAGAAGAAGGAACCAAGCUUGUCACAUGGGUGAAAGCUGUUGUUCAGGAGAAGAAAGAAGAAUUAGUUCUUGACAGUAGCUUAGGGUCCUGUCCAAUGCAAGAGGUAAACAAGGUGUUCAACAUUGCAAUGAAGUGUCUUGAACCAGACCCUUUGAAUAGACCAAACAUGGCUGAGGUUGUCAACUUGCUUGAACAAGCAGUAUCAUGCAAACAUGUUACUACAACAUUGCCAUGUACAAUUAAUGACAUGUCACCCUAAUGUUUUGAUGCCCUUUCCUAUUAGUAAUUCAGCAUCAACAGGAUUUUAUUUUGUAACUACAGAGAGAUGUUGAUAUGCAAUGCAAUAAUGUUAUUUGGAAAACCAAAAGUUGUACAACAAUUUUUUUUCUAAAACAGUUAUAGUAUGGUUUUCACUAA